UUGCAGGCCAAUGACAAACCGCCACGCAUUUCCAACAUGGCUACUGUCUUGUGAAAGGUUUCGAGCGGUGCAGAAUAGUGCUGUAACAAUCAAAACAUACAAAUAGUAUGCACGAAAUAAACCUGCCACCACUGGAACCGACGCACAGAAACAUUCAAUAAUGGCAACGCCAGGAAUAGAGCAGCUAUUUGAAUUCCAGAGGUUGCCAAAGGAUGGCUUCCUUUUGCUGCUGUUCUUGCUCUACGCUCCAGUCGGACUGUGCUUGCUGCUUCUCAGGUUAUUUAUUGGCGUGCAUGUAUUUUUAGUGAGCUGCGCUCUGCCAGAUAGCCUUGUAAGAAGAUUUAUUGUUCGGGUCAUGUGGUCUGUUCUGGGAGUGUUUGUUAAGCAGAAUGACCCUCGUCUGAGGGACAGGAAUGUCAAAGUGUACAUCUGCAAUCACGUGACACAGUUCGAUCACAACAUAAUCAACCUCUUGACGUCUUGUAACACACCCAUGUUGGAAGGCUCUCCUGGUUUUGUUUGCUGGGCCCGGGGGUUCAUGGAGUUUGGGCUCCUCUCAAGCAGGUCUGAAAUGGCAGAGUCACUCAAACGGUACUGCUCAACGGAGGGCAGCUUGCCUCUUCUGUUGUACCCAGAGGAGGAAACUACAAACGGCAGGAUGGGCCUUCUCAAAUUUAGUUCCUGGCCCUUCUCGGUUUCAGACUCUGUCCAGCCCGUGGCUCUGUUUGUCAAGAGGCCUUUUAUACCAGCGAAUAUUGAAGAGUCCUCCUGGAUAUUAGAACUGCUGUGGACCCUUUUCAUCCCUUUCACAGUGUAUCAAGUAAGGUGGCUCCCUACUGUAUCCAGACAAGACGGAAACUCCAGUCAAGAGUUUGGAAAUGAAGUCCAGGAGCUGUUAGCAAUGGAGCUUGGUGUUGUAUCCACGCAGAUCACUCGAGCAGAUAAAGUGGAGCACCUUAAGAGGAAAAGGCAUAUUGCACCUCGUACUAUAAACUCAAAUCAGUCACCAGGUGCAAGACCCAGGGCUAUCUCUUUGGGGUUCAUGGCUGGUAACUCGAUGGUAGAGGAUGUCAGGAUUUCUGGGAUGGUUCAACAGGUUAAGGAGGUGCUUCCACACGUGCCCCUCGGCGUUAUCAAGAGAGAUCUUGUGCAAACAAACUGUGUUGACACGACCAUCACUAACCUGCUGGAGGGAGCAGAGGAAAUGAAUUCAAACUCCUCUGGUGUGUUGAGUGUGGCUGCUAUCCAGACUAGUUCCUUGAAUGCCGUUGGAGACACAGCCUCAGCUCCUGCUUUGAAGCCUAAUGCUAAAUCAUUUGGGAAAUAUCCAGGUGACAGACACAUGUCGCUGCAAGAUAGAAAAGAGGCACUGUAUGAAUAUGCAAGAAGACGUUACAUAGAAAAACAUGGACUGAAUCGGCAAACAGACAAUACCCAGUGAUUUGUAAAGAGAAGAGUGAUGACCAAUAUGUAUUAAUUUGUGUGGAAAGACAGCCAUUUAUUGUCAAAGGAUUUUAAUGAACUGGGGAGGAAGACUUCAUAUAUGUGUGGAACAGUUCAUGUUAACUAACAAGGGGGUGGGGGGGGGGGGGGGCAAGUGUUUUGGAACAUUAAAAUGGAGAUGGUUUUGAACUAUUUGCAUGGCAAGCAUGCAUGAACCUUGUGGUUUUUAAUCAUUUCUCUUUACAAAUUUUUUUUUUUUCUUUUUAAACUUAAGCGUGGUUUGAAAAACUAAAAUGCAGAGCUUGUUUUUAUUUAAAGCUGACAUAUUUUAUAGAUGCCUUAUAUUGUUAAGAGUUAAGUAUUGCAGUAAAUUAAUGUCAGCAUUUGUAUGACUGAUAACUGCAUUAUAUCUCCCCAAUAGUAACCCUGUUUUCACUUCGGUAGCGGCAGUGAGCAGUGGCAGUGAGUUUUUGAUGCCGCCACAUAAAGGAUACCUGUGCAGUUUUGAUCAAACUCCAUGCACUGAUGCGUAUAAAAAGCUCUGUUAUGAAAGUGCCUGUAGGUCUACGUGGAAUUUAGCUAGUGUGUGUCAUGGGCCGUACCUUAGUGUAGAUGUUCAGUGCCCCCCCCCCCAAAACCAAACCACCACAUUUGUACAUUUUAACAAAGCUUUUUAAAGCAGAUCGAUAUUUGUGGUCUGGACUCUCUCGCAACCGACACUUAAGUCAGGUUUGCUGCUGUACCACUUUUCAGAAAAGCUUCUGUUUGUACCCAAGAGAUUGAUAUUGUAUAUACUCAUUGGCAUAUGAUAGGUUAAAAUGUUUAGGGACCUAAGCAGAUCCUAAAUAAAUUGUGUGGUAAUGUUAUUUAAAUGUCAAACUGGAGUGUUUGCGUAGAUUUUAUUUCAUAAUAUUUAUAAUUCAGCUGGCCACUGUUUGAUACAGGUGCUGCAUAGCUGACAGUGUAGAUGACUGCUAUAUUGCAGAGGUGCAAGUCAUGACUAUUCUAGGCCAGGUUGAAUUCAAUCAAAGUUUUAUGUGGGCACCACAGCUGUACCUUAUAAUGGCUGUAUAUAUAUAUAUCUAUCCAUGCUCAGGUAUUUGUUUGGUCUUGCCCUAAAUUACUUGAUUGGACCAGUUAAAUUAUCCAGGUCUUAAUAAUUAUAAAUUAAUUUAUAACAUAUAAUUGGGUUGUGCAUCCCUGCUGUAGAGCCGAAUAAUAGCGUUCCUUAUUUCUGUUUCUUCUACUUAUAUAGAAGUAAUCAUUUACCAUUGAAUGUCUGGAGCAGGGGUAGCCAACCCUGAUCUUGGAGAGCCACAAUCCAUCAGGUUUUAUAGGUAACCCUUAAUCAUCAAUUUCUGAAGAAUGCAAGUUGUUGAUCAAUUUAGCAACUUCAUGUGUUCAAUUAAAUCAGGAGUGGUCGGCUCUGGUCCAUGAGACCUGCAGGGUGUUCAGGUUUUUGUUCCAGAUUAUCUCUAAGUGACUCAAUUGAACAAAUUCCUGCUUAACUAGUCAAAAUGAAAUUGUUCCAAGUUUUUAGGAAUUGAUAAUUAAGGGUUACCUAUAAAACCUGCUAGAUUGUGGCUCAGCAGGACCAGGUUUGGCCAUCCCUGGUCUAGGGUAUGAUCAGAAGGGAUUCUGUUAAAGAUCCCAAAUGUGGUGGAAAUAAACUCCUUGACUUUUUAACCUGAUGCCCCCAGGUUGUGAUUAACAUCUCUAAAUCCCAAAUAAAAACAUUGAUUUGUUCCCCAUAAAUUACCACAUUUUUGGCAUGUUUAUGUAUUGUACAUUACUUCAGUAUUGUAUCUACCAAUGAGUAAGGAGGUACAACGGGGCAAAUCUGCACUAUCCCAAUUAUAGUAGCUGUGUUCUACAGAGGAGGAUAGGGCAUAAGAACCCAUAGAUGGUUACAUUAAAAUGUCAUCCAUCCAACAGGAGUUCAUGUCAGUUAUUACAUUAAAUCAGUAGAAAUCUGAUAUUGUGCCAGGAGAGGUCUUCUUACAAGCUGAACCAAGCAUUGUUUGGAUUUUUUUUUAUUUUUGAUUCCAAACUUUAAAGAAAGCACAAUGCCGUUAAAUGCCUGUGAAUAUAUGCAAAGUAAGUAUAUGUGAAACUAGGAAAACAUCCAUAACCUGAGGGACCUUACAAUACUGCAUGGAAGUUUUAUAAGCAGUAAUGGACACUAUUUGCAAUUAUUUUCUCAAAAAAAUAUAAAUAAAAUAGUUAUUCAUUCCAUUAUUAUCAGUAAUAAGGAAAAUAAAAUGUACCUGAUAUAUUUAGCUCAUUAAAUAGUAUCUGCUUCUA